UCCGCCCCCCUGUUCCCUCCCUCCUUCCCUUACUCUCCAGCAAGCGAGGGAGCGAGCAAGCGCUGCUAUGGUUGCUCAGGUCCUGACAGUCCACUCCAGAACUGCCACUGGUCUCUCCUCCAAAGGAGUGUGAUGUGCUCUCCUUAGUUUCCCUGCCUACUCUCUGUGCUCUCACCCUCGCCCACUCUCACGCACGCUCGCCGCCGCCGCCACACACUCCUCUGGCGCACAGAGCAUGCCUCUUAGUCCAGCGAGCAGCAAACAUGAGACUCCGGAGCAGCAGCAGCAGCAGCAGCAGCAGGAGAAAGCAGAGCAGCAGCAUCAGGAAGAGGAGGAGGAGGAGGAGGACGAGGACGACGAGGAGCAGCGGCGGCAGCAGCAGCAGCAGCAGCAUCUUCCUGCGCUCCAGCACCACCAGCUCUGCGUUGUCAACGGCGAUCCCGGGGAGAGCAGCGCGGCGGAAGGCAGCCUCAAGGAGGAGACCCUGUAUGAUACCAUCAAGCCCCCCGCCACCGCCGGCCCCGGCCCUUGCUCCGACAAGCUGGCAUCACCGCCCGGGCGGAUGGACGAGCCGGCGCCCAAUGCCCUUGUCGUGCGCAUCGGGAUCCCAGACCUCCAGCAAACGAAGUGUAUGCGGCUGAACCCUGAUGUCCCCGUCUGGGUCUCCAAGCAGCGCAUCCUCUGCACCUUGAACCACAGCCUGAAGGACGUGCUGAACUAUGGCCUCUUCCAGCCAGCCUUCAACGGCAGGGCCGGGAAGUUCCUGGACGAAGAGCGGCUGCUGAGGGAGUACCCCCUGAACCCGGACACCCCGGUCCCUUACCUGGAGUUCCGGUACAAGAGGCGAGUUUACAUCCAGAGCCUGCUGGACGACAAGCAGUUUGCCAAGUUGCACACGAAGGCGAAUUUGAAGAAGUUCAUGGAAUAUGUGCAGACGCUGAAUGUGGAGAAGGUCAGCCGGCUGCUGGAGAAGGGACUGGACCCCAACUUCCACGACCCGGAUAGCGGAGAAUGCCCCCUGACGAUGGCCGCCCAGCUGGAGUACUGUAUCGACAUGAUCAAAGCCCUGAGGAACGGAGGGGCCCAUCUGGAUUUCCGGACGCGAGAGGGCAUGACGGCUCUGCACAAAGCCGUCCGGUGCCGGAAUCACACUGCCCUGAUGACGCUGUUAGACCUGGGUGCCUCUACAGAUUACAAGGACAGCCGUGGAUUAACGCCUCUGUACCACAGUGCCAUGGUUGGAGGGGACCCCUACUGCUGUGAGCUCCUCUUGCACGACUACGCCAAGGUGGGCUGCAUCGACGAAAACGGCUGGCAAGAAAUCCAUCAGGCCUGUCGCUAUGGGCAUGUUCAACACCUAGAGCAUCUUCUUUUCUAUGGGGCGGACAUGACAGCGCAGAACGCAUCUGGGAACACAGCCCUCCACGUCUGUGCUCUCUACAACCAGGAAAGCUGCGCUCGGGUCCUUCUCUUCCGUGGUGCGAGCAAGGAGAUCCGGAACUACAACAGCCAGACAGCAUUCCAGGUGGCCAUAAUUGCGGGGAAUUUUGAACUGGCCGAAAUCAUCAAAACCCACAAAGAGUCCGACGUUGUGCCUUUUAGAGAAACUCCCAGCUACACGAAGAGGAGGCGGAUCAUCGGCACGGGCGGCCUCUCCUCCCCCCGCCUGCUGCAGCGGUCUGCCAGCGACAACAAUUUGAAGUCCGAGAGCCGCCCGUCCUACUCCCCAGUGCCCUCGCUCCGCGGCCUGCCCCAACAGCUGCUGGCUCAGAUGCAGGAAGCCGCUGUCGGGGUGGGGUUGGGGGACAGCAGCCUGGUGAGCACGGGCAGCUCCCGGAGCUCCCACAGCCGCUCCCCGUCGCUGCAGCGCGUGCGGGAAGAGAAGGAGGCCGAUGCCCACACACUCAGGAGAAGCAGCCGCGGCAAGGCCAGCCCCAGCGGGAGCGGCAGCGGGCCGGGGGGCGCGCCGGGGGCCGGUCCGGGCGUGGAGCACACCCCGCACGCCGCGCCGGCCCCGCUGCGAGGGCCCAAGAGGAAGCUGUACAGCGCCGUGCCCGGCCGCAAGUUCAUCGCCGUCAAGAGCUACACGCCGCAGGGCGAGGGCGAGAUCCAGCUCAACCGAGGAGAAGCCGUCAAGGUGCUCAGCAUCGGAGAAGGAGGCUUUUGGGAAGGAACCGUGAAGGGGCGGACGGGCUGGUUCCCGGCAGAAUGUGUUGAGGAGGUGCAGAUGAGACAGUACGACUCCAGGCAAGAAACCCGAGAAGACAGGACCAAGAGGCUCUUCCGACACUACACUGUGGGCUCAUACGACAACUUCACUUCUCACAGUGACUACAUCAUCGAGGAGAAGGCGGCCGUCCUGCAGAAGAGAGAGCAUGAGGGCUUUGGCUUCGUCCUCCGGGGCGCCAAAGGUAAGACCCGCCCUUCACGGAGAGGGAGCUUCUUCCCAAAGCUGUGUUAG